GGCGGGGCCGGGCUGCCGGGGCCUCGAACUCCCGGGGAAGGUGAAGCACAACUUUUGGAAGUGGCGCCGGCGGCUCUCCACCCGCAGGCCCGCUUAAAAGAAGUUCACCAGGAAAACUUUGCUGAGAGUCACAGUCAGAGUUCAGCCCAGGAGCUUUGCAGCAAUCAGUACAGAAGAACUUGUAUGGAUCAAUUUGCUAGGUGCAUGCAAGAUUUGAAGAGCUGAGAAAACAAUCUGAAUUAAACCUGUUUUUUAAAAAAAUAUCUAGGUUGGAAUUUGGCCUUGACAAAUCAGAAAAUGAUGAGUGAUGCAAGUGACAUGCUGGCUGCGGCGUUGGAGCAGAUGGAUGGUAUUAUCGCAGGUUCUAAGGCCCUGGAAUAUCCUAAUGGAAUUUUUGAUUGCCAAUCUCCCACCUCUCCAUUCAUGGGAAGCUUGCGAGCUCUGCAUCUCGUGGAAGACCUGCGUGGAUUGCUGGAGAUGAUGGAGACAGAUGAGAAAGAAGGCUUGAGAUGCCAGAUCCCAGAUUCAACAGCAGAAACGCUCAUUGAAUGGCUUCAGAGUCAAAUGACAAAUGGACAUCUACCUGGGAAUGGAGAUGUGUAUCAAGAAAGGCUAGCACGUUUAGAAAACGAUAAAGAAUCCCUCGUUCUUCAGGUAAGUGUGUUAACAGACCAGGUGGAGGCUCAGGGAGAGAAGAUUCGAGAUUUGGAGUUUUGUCUUGAAGAGCACAGAGAGAAGUUGAAUGCUACAGAAGAAAUGCUGCAGCAGGAGCUUCUGAGUAGAACAUCUUUAGAAACUCAGAAGUUGGAUCUGAUGGCUGAAAUAUCUAACUUGAAGUUAAAACUGACAGCUGUAGAGAAGGACAGAUUGGAUUACGAAGACAGGUUCAGAGACGCAGAGGGGCUAAUGCAAGAGAUCAAUGAUUUGAGGCUGAAAGUCAGUGACAUGGACAGUGAAAGACUUCAGUAUGAAAAAAAGCUUAAAUCAACCAAAGAGGAACUCGCAUCGUUAAAAGAACAACUGGAAGAGAAGGAAUGUGAAGUAAAAAGGCUACAAGAAAAAUUGGUUUCCAGGAUGAAAGGAGAAGGGAUAGAAAUUCCUGAUAGAGAUGAAAAUUUUAAAAAGAAGCUCAAAGAAAAAAACAUUGAAGUUCAGAAAAUGAAAAAGGCUGUGGAGUCUUUGAUGGCAGCAAAUGAAGAAAAGGAUCGGAAAAUAGAAGAUCUUCGACAGUGCCUGAACAGGUACAAGAAAAUGCAAGAUACCGUAGUACUGACCCAAGGUAAAAAAGGUAGAGUGAAGCUUGGAGCUCAAGGACUGGUGGACUUUCAGAGGCAGAGGCGACAUCACUGUAGAUUGUGGUUACUAAGGAGAGACUGUUGCCGAUUGUUCCACACCAGCAUCUUGCAAGUUUCAAUCCCGUCAUUAUUGCCAGCAUCUACAGGUGUGGAAACGUCUGAAAAAUCAAAGUUGCCUCCUAAGCCAGAGACUUCAUUUGAAGAGGAUGAUGGAAAAAGAAGCCUUGGUGCUGCUGUUGAAACCCAACUUUGUGACAGUCUAACUUCAAGUCUGCAAAAGUCCACCAGCCUGGGCAACCUGAAGAAGGAGACAUCAGAUGGGGAAAAGGAGUCUAUUCAGAAGACCUCUCAGGAUAAAGUUGCAGUACAAAGCAGCACCUUUGGGAGACUCCCUCCCAAGGCUCCAGGACAGGAUGCCUCUGUGGAUGACAACCCUUUUGGCACUCGAAAAGCCAGAUCUUCCUUUGGCCGGGGCUUUUUUAAAAUCAAAAGUAGUAAGAGGACAGCAAGUGCACCAAAUUUGGAUCGUAAACGAAGUGCCAGUGCACCCACCUUAGCUGAAACGGAAAAGGAGACAGCAGAACACCUAGAUCUGGCUGGUAUGUCUUCUCGGCCAAAAGGUUCACAGGGGAACAGUCCCUUCCAGAUCUCUCCACCAUCUCCAGAUUCCAAAAAGAAAUCCAGAGGGAUCAUGAAACUCUUUGGAAGACUUAGGAGAAGUCAGUCAACUACAUUCAAUCCAGAUGACAUGCCUGAGCCAGAAUUCAAAAGAGGAGGGACAAGGGCAACUGCAGGGCCCCGAUUGGGUUGGUCUCGAGACCUAGGACAGUCUAACAGUGACUUGGAUAUGCCAUUUGCCAAAUGGACCAAGGAGCAAGUUUGCAAUUGGCUCGUGGAACAGGGUUUGGGGUCCUACCUGAAUUCUGGCAAGCACUGGAUUGCAUCUGGCCAAACACUUUUGCAGGCUUCUCAACAAGAUCUAGAGAAGGAACUUGGAAUCAAGCAUUCACUUCAUCGAAAGAAACUCCAGUUGGCACUGCAAGCCCUGGGAUCUGAAGAAGAAACCAAUCAUGGAAAGCUGGAUUUCAACUGGGUCACUAGAUGGUUGGAUGAUAUUGGCCUCCCCCAGUAUAAGACCCAGUUUGAUGAAGGGCGGGUAGACGGCCGAAUGCUACAUUACAUGACUGUUGAUGACUUACUAUCUUUGAAGGUUGUGAGUGUGCUACACCACCUCAGUAUCAAAAGGGCCAUCCAGGUCCUGAGGAUCAAUAACUUUGAGCCAAACUGUCUACGGAGACGGCCAUCUGACGAGAAUAGCAUCACACCCUCGGAGGUUCAGCAGUGGACCAACCACCGAGUGAUGGAGUGGCUGCGCUCCGUGGACUUGGCAGAAUAUGCCCCCAAUCUCAGAGGCAGUGGUGUCCAUGGUGGGCUCAUGGUCCUAGAACCUCGUUUUAAUGUAGAAACAAUGGCUCAGUUAUUGAACAUCCCACCAAAUAAGACCUUGUUGCGAAGACAUUUGGCCACUCAUUUCAACCUUCUGGUGGGUGCUGAGGCCCAACACCAGAAGCGAGAUGCCAUGGAGUUACCAGAUUAUGUACUUCUAACAGCUACUGCCAAAGUGAAGCCAAAGAAACUUACCUUCAGCAAUUUUGGGAAUCUGAGAAAGAAGAAGCAGGAAGAUGGAGAAGAAUAUGUUUGUCCAAUGGAAUUGGGACAGGCAUCAGGAAGUGCAGCUAAGAAAGGAUUUAAACCUGGCUUGGACAUGCGCCUGUAUGAUGAAGAUGAUUUGGACCGGUUAGAGCAGAUGGAAGAUUCAGAAGGAACAGUGAGACAGAUAGGUGCAUUCUCCGAAGGCAUCAACAAUCUAACAGAGUAUUAG